UUGCGAGGAGCAGUAGGAAGUAGAUUAACUAUACUUCCGGGUAGCUUAGCUACGUCUUAAUAGCGACCAGUCUUUUUUUGGUUUUCCUUAAAAACGAGACCCAGGACACUGCAACCACUUUGUAAUCGGCUUAUCUAUAUUCUGUUCCAAGGGGAUGAUCUGUUCAGCGCUAGCAGGCAGGUUAAGGUCCCACAUCCUAUCCUGCAUAAGAGGAUCAUGCAAGCUCACAAAUGGACAUUUGUCUUGUAAUGUGGUGCCUCAUUCAUCCAGACUCUUACCCCUCCAUCAUGGCUGUCAAGAGCCAUUUGAUCCCAAAACCACAGCCCACAAGAGGUACUCUGACUUUUCCACGCAAAAAUUUGACGUGUUUUAUAAGUUCCCUCACAUGAAGCUCUGUCGAGCCAUCUCUAGGAUAAAACUACUGCAAACCGGUAUCACUGUUGUGAUUCUGCCUCCGGUGUACAUCCUGUAUUUCAUGGGUGAUGCCUCUCUCUUUCUUGUCAACUACUCGACGGGUGUCGCUGUGUUUGCCGGGGUCAUGUUGUACACAGCGAGUCACUUUCUUCGAAGGGUGGUGGGCAUGAUGUACCUAGAUUCUUCAAAGACCACGCUCAGAGUGUCCCAUUUGACUUUCUGGGGUCAACGCCAUGACAUCUACAUACCUGUGUCAGAUGUUAAGACUCUUGGGGACACCGGGGACUCUUUGAAGGAGUCCAUACUGAAACUGAAGCGAUACAGCACUCCUCAGACUUUCUACUUUUCCACUCAUUUUGGACGGGUGGUGGAUAAACUUCAGUUUGAGAAGGUAUUUGGAAAAGUCAAGUGACACAUUGACAUGUCAUGUCACAACAUGUUUGAAGAUUUUGAUCAGCUAAUUAGUACAUUUCAAUUUGUUGUCAGGCUUCAUCUAAGCAAGACGCUGCCAUAUACAGUAGAAAUUAAUGAGUUGUUUGGUCUCAUAAGAUAGUGUUUGCUGUAUAUGAUAUUUGUUAUGUAAAGGUAUUGUAAAAUGAAUGUAAACAGUAGCUGCAACAUGCAGUCUAAUAAGAUCCAAAACAAAUAUUUAUGCUCAGUUUUGUUCUGUGUAUUAUUCAAUUACUAAUAAAGAGCUUUCAAUCCUUA